AUGAACCUGUCUGACAUCAACUGGACAGACGUAUCCAUCAAAGGAAACCAUUUUAGUUCAGCAAUUAACCUGAAAUUCCUAGACACCUUGCAAAAUUGUGGCUUGGAACAGAUGGUGACCUUCCUAACUCGCCUAGACAACACAUUGGAUAUAUUCCUAUCAAACCGACCAAGCCUCGUCAACCGAUGCACCCCCAUACCGGGUUUAUCAGAUCACGAUGCAGUCUUUGUUGUAACACCAGCUGUGGCAAAACGUGGAAAACCUGUAAAACGUAAGAUCUAUCUAUGGAAGAAAGCUGAUGAAAAUAAGAUGAAGUCAGAAUUCAUUGAAUUUAAAAAGCAGUUCCUUAACAACUAUGACUCUUCAUCGCUGAUAGAGGAUAUGUGGAACUCCAUCAACUGUACAUCCAACCCAAAGCGAUUCUGGGGAUUCAUCAACAGCAAGAACAAGGACAGUACAGGGGUAGCGCCAUUAAAAGCAGGCGACGGACUUACAGAUCCCACCACCAAAGCCUCAAUCCUGAACAAUCAGUUCUCUUCAGUAUUCAACUCCAACGAACCGGUGAACAACAUAAAAUCCAUGGGUUCUGAAACACAUCCUGCAAUGAACUGUAUUAACAUCUCAGAAGCUGGUGUCAACAAGCUUAUUCAAAGUCUACAAAUCCACAAAGCCACUGGAGCUGAUGGUAUUCCUGCAAGACUGCUAAGGUUUCUUGGGGCGGAUCUAGCUCCGGUCCUCACAGUUUUCUUUCAGGCAUCCAUAAACCAAGGAGUCAUCCCAAAGGAAUGGAAAAGGGCAAAUGUGGUACCUAUAUUCAAAAAAGGAGCCCAAAACAAACCAGAGAAUUACAGACCAGUGUCCCUCACAUCUAUAACAUGUAAGAUGCUUGAACACAUCAUCACCAGCAACAUCAUGCGGCAUGUUGAAGGCCAGAGAAUGCUAACGGACGCACAACAUGGCUUCCGAAAGCAACGAUCCUGUGAGACUCAGCUGAUUGUUACUAUACAGGAUCUUGCCAAGUCUAUUGACGACAAACGCCAGUCAGAUGUAAUUCUGUUGGAUUUCUCUAAGGCCUUUGAUAAAGUCCCGCACACUAGACUGAUGAGCAAACUACAUCAUUAUGGAAUUCGGGGAAGCCUACAUAGCUGGAUUGCUGACUUCCUGCGUGAUCAGCCACAAACAAUAAUCCUUGAGAAUGGAAAAUCUGACCCAGCUCCAGUUCUAUCAGGAGUUCCUCAAGGGAGUGUCCUUGAUGCUGCAUGUACUGAAUUUCCCAAACAGCCAGACACACAAAAUAAGAGGAGAGACAUGCGUCAAAAGGUGUUAGCAGAGUCAGAGUCACCAACAUCACCUGAUUCAAGUGAGGAUGAUGAUGAUUCAGAGAUGAAGCAGCAAACAGGCCCCGCCGUCACCAACUUUCCUCAAGUCAUUACUCAGCCUCAAGUCUGA